AUGCCCCGAUCGGUCGACCAGAUCAGAAAUUCUGCCACGAACAGAGAAUUUGGUCCAAGAUUGUUGUCGCCUGCAAACCUCGAUUGUUGGCAGCCGAAUGAUGAUGAUGACCCGCUCAAGUUAAAUUAUUUGAACAUGAUUCCGUAUUUAUUGCGUAUGAAGACUGGCUGCGAAACAUUUAACAAAACAAACGAGUGUGCACAGAAUGAAAAUGGAAAAAGUGAAAUAUCGAUAUUUUUCAAGGGUGAUCGAGGUUUAACACAAACAAUAUCGAUACCAUUAAAAGAGUUAGAUCAACAAAAUAAUGAUAUUUAUAAAAAAUCUGUUGAACUUUUUGAUGUUGGAACGAUCACAUUAGCUCGAAUAAAGAUUAACAGUGAGGCAAGAUGGAAAGUAAAUUGGAUUGAAUUAGUUGAAGAAAAUGAGAAGAAAGAUAUAUUGAAUUUUCCUGUUCAUCGUUGGCUUGAUACAAAUUAUGGACAAACAAUUGAUGUUAUGGUUAGAGAAGGACCAGUUAAUCUAGCUCCAAAAUAUACAAUAAUCAUUCGAACAGGUUCAAUUAGUAGUUGUAGGAAUGCUUACAUUCGUGUGGCAUUAGUAGGUGAUAGUGCAUCAACCAUACCAUUUGAUUUGAAUGAUCUAAUAGAUGUCAAUAAUAACAACAAAAUACAACCGUUUCGAUCAGGACAAAAAGAUAUUUUCUAUAUAUCAUCAUUACAAGCAAUUGAUGUGGGAAAAUUAGAUCGAAUAAUCAUAUGGUGUGAUAGUCUUGACGGAAAACCAUGGUAUUGUGAAAGCGUCGAAGCUAUUAACAGUUCUAAUGAAGAAAAAUAUUUGUUAGUAAUGUGUUUUAUUGUAAAUCAUUGGUUUGGUCCAGAUUUGGAACAAACCGUUGAUCUGCCUGUGUACGAUUUGACAAAAGAGUCUACUCUAUUUACUGUUUCAAGCAAAUCAAAUGAUAUUUCUGAUAUAACUGGUAACAGUACGGUUCAUCUUCACCUUAAAUUUGCUAAUGGAAAAGUUCAUAAUGAAGCAUUGAAUGCAUCUGAAACACAUCCAAUACCAUUUCUCAAAGAUAACAUCGACUUUUUUGUUCUUGUCAAUACAAACGUGGGUGAUUGUGAAAUAACCGAAGCUAAAAUAAAAUUAACAAGUAAAUUAACCACUCAUAUCGAAUGGAAUUGCGCAUGGAUUGAAAUAAGAGUCAUCGGGGAAGAAGGUACGAGUAAUGUCAUGAAGUUGUCAUCAAUGAAUCAUAAAAUGGUCAAGGGCGGUGUUUAUAUUUUUUAUGUAAGUGAUACAAAACAAAUAGGAAAAAUUAAACAAAUAUAUGUGUGGCAUAAGGAGAAGAAAUAUGGACAUCGUUGGUCAUUACAAUGGAUAGAAAUAAGAGAGUUACAUGAAGUAUAUUGUUUUAGUAUUGGUCGAAUAAUGAGUGGUUAUCAUAACAGUAAAGAAACAGCCUUGAUUUUAGAUGCUCGAAUAAUAAAAGAUAAUAAAUAUAUGUUAAAAAGUUGA